GAGCAGGCCGGAUCCAGCAGCCUAUAACAGGGCUGUGCUCACCUACAGCUCGGUGCUCUGCAACACUGCGGCGGGCUGACAAUGACUUGAAUGCUGAUUAUUGUGAAGAUCGACAAAGGACACGAGGAGAGGAGGAUAUGAACCGUUUCCUGAGAGCUGGGGAGAAUGGAGGGUUGCUGAUGGACUGCAGGGAGCUGUCACCCAACCACACCGCCUCCUCCUCCACCUCCUCCUCCAUCUCCAUCACCUCCGCCUCCUCCAGCGCUCCUGGCUCAGCCGACAGACACGCGGCCUUGCCCUCGCUCCAGACCCGGGGACCUGUCGGCGGAGGCGGCAGCGGCGGGUCGGAGCCGAGGAGAUCCGCGCUUAGACGCAGCCGAGCCGGUCGGGAGGUACGAGAGGAACCGGAGGCGGCAGAUCACUCAGCGGCUGCCGUGGGGGUGUGCGGCGGCGGCGAGCAGCAGCAGCAGCAGCAGCAGCAGCGUAGGGAGGCUCAAGGACGGAGCGGCGGUGGAGAAGGUGUGGAGAUGAUUUCAGCGGUCAGCAGAGACACUGACGGCAGUGGCGGGAGCGGCAUCAUCAACAACAACAACGGCGUCUCCGAAGUGACCACGGCCUCCUCUGCGACAUGCGCCAAAGGCAAGGAGGAGAGAAAGGGGAAAAACGUGAUCCGGGGCUGGAAGAGGGAGAGAGACAGGGAGAGGGACACUGCCGCUCCUCCAGCCCGGGCGAGGAAGGAGAAGCCCGGCGAUGGCUCGUCUCCUCCUCCCUCCCUCUUCCUCCCGUCGUCCGCCCUGCCCGAUCAUCAUCUGUGCCGCGACGGCCCCGGACACUGCCACUGCGCCGCGCCGGACUCCAGGUCCAUGGGAGAUAAUAGCAACAUUAGCAACGUAAACAAUAACAAUAUUAGCGGGAUUAACGGCGGAGGUGUUGCCAAUAAAACAGCGCUGGAGUGUGUUAAAAGCGGCGGAGGCGCUAUUGUCGUCAGGCGGCAGCAUGACGACACGCCGGCGGCCAAGAAACACAGAGGAGCCGAGAAGGUGGACCCCAUGUUUAUGGUUCCAGCUCCCCCUGCUCCAGGCCACCCCGUGGCCCCUGGAUCCUCUCUACCCUCAACCCCUUCCUUCUCCCUUCCGGCCCUGCCCAUCUCUAACCCCAAGCAGCUGGCGGUGAGGACGAGGUCUAUAGGCACCAACACGCAUGAUGGAGGCGUCUCAGGAGCAGUGGAGGGGGACUCAGACUGUCUGGGGCCCUGCCUGCCCGGGACCAGUGUCAACCUGGAGGGCAUCGUCUGGCACGAGACUGAUGAGGGUGUGCUGGUCGUGAAUGUGACGUGGAGGAAGAGAACCUACGUGGGAACUCUGUUGGACUGCACCAAACACGACUGGGCUCCUCCAAGGUUUUGCGAGUCUCCAUCCAGUGACCCUGAGCUGCCAGGUGGGCGUGGUCGGGGGAAACGGAUGCGAAUGGCCAUGGCCGAGAGGCCCUGCGUUGAGCCAUCCCCUGCUGCCAAAGUCAGGGGUCUGUCACAGCACAGAAGCCGUGGAGGGGGUGUGUCUGGAACCACUGUACCCAUCCACAGCAAGGGACGGAGAGGAAGCCUAAACCUCAUCAACAGCAACUGCCGAACGCCUGCUUCUUUCUUCACUGUGGAUGAGGUAAAACCCACCAACAGCACCUCCUCUCUCUCCUCCGGGAAGCGCAAGAACAAACCACCGGCUGACCUAGACCUCAGUCUGGUCUCCUCUGACGACAUAAAAAAUGGGAAUGGAAAGAGAAUCCGAGCCAAAUGCCGCAGCGCCCCCUCCACGCCGCAGGGCAAAUCUGACCCCUCUUUUAUGGACCCUGGAGGGGGUUGUGCCUCUUCACCACCUCCCCCGCCUAUUCUCAUUGACUGCCCACACCCGAACUGCACUAAACGCUACAAGCACAUCAACGGCCUUCGCUACCACCAGACACAUGCACACCUUGAGGCUGAGGAGCAGAGGAAGCCUGAGCUGGAGCCAAUGAAGGAUGGAGAGAGUGAGGAACGACUAUCAGACUGUGAGGACACGAUCAACAUGACAUAUGACCUCUCAGAGACAACCAGCACUAAUGCCAUCAGCUCCUCUAAGAAACCUACCCCUCUAUAUAAAGUGACCACAGUGGGGUCUCCUAAGAACAGAAGACUACUCCUCAGUACUGACCACAGCCCCUCAGCCAACCCCAAGACCAGAAGAACCUCUCUGCUAAAAGAUGGUCUGAUUGAUGACCUUAGCAAUCUGCCUAUCAUCUCCAACAUGACCGUGGUUUUGGAGAACUGCAUGGUCCCAGACAGGAACUCCAUGGUCGAGAUGCCCAAGCUGGAAGCUGAAGGCUUGAUUGACAAAAAGGGAGGUACAUGCGACAAAGGCAAAAAGGCCAACGGCAAGGUAGAGAAACUGUCCAAGUCACGGACCAACCGACCUAUCGCACCGGCCCCUGCUCCUCCCAAGCUGGUAGCAAUACCCAAUACAGCUUAUCCGACCAGCACAGCAGAUACUGCCAACUCACAGCAGUCCUCACCUAUGGCAGCCGUAGGCCUCACCAGUAAAAACCUUCCCCUGAAACCCAUCAAACCAAAGCUGAGCAUUGUUGUGGAACCGAGCCUUGUCAAAGCCACUCUGGUUACCUGCAGCAAAGAGACCAGGAAGAAAGAGAAACGGAGACUGAAGGACAAACAUAACAAAGAUGCGCACACCAGGUCCCCUAAUGCUGACAGCAGUGCAAUCAAAAUAGAAGAUGGUGUUAAUGGAGGUUCCAAAAUGGGUGUCAAGGAAAUUUCUGGAAGCCUUCUAAAGGAGCACCUCAGUAAGCAGGAUGUAAUCAACGGGCUCACAGAGAGCCAGGAGAGCAGGAUGGCCAGUAUCCGAGCUGAGGCUGACAAGGUAUACACCUUCACCGACAACGCCCCCAGUCCGUCCAUUGGUGGUUCAUCACGGAUUGACUCCAGUGGUGUUUGCCUUGCAUCAGACAGCAAGAACAACAGCCCAGCCUACUCUGACAUCUCAGAUGCCGGGGAUGAUGGAGGAUCUUCCGAAUGUCGUUCGGAUGGAAUGCGGUCCAAGUCUGCCUCCUCGGCCUCUUCAGAGGUGAGCUCUAACAGUAGCCAUAGCAACUCUGGUAAAACCCCACCCACAGCAUCUGCCCCACCAUCAAAAGACCCCCAAUCCCCAUACUACCACAGCUACGACCCAUACUAUCUACAGGGGUACAUGCAGUCGGACAGGCAAAACAGCAGCAGCGUUCCUUUCCACAAAAGCGCUGGACUUGACGGCAAAGGCAAAGACAGAAAGGAAGAGGUGAAAGAUGAUGACAAAUGCCUCUCCCACGAGUUCUCAGACUCAAAAAAAGGUGAUGGGCCACCUCAGUCUCAGCUCCAGCUGGCUAUGAGUCAGACACAAACUGCAUUGGCCCAGUCGUUAUACUAUGGCCAGUAUUCCAGAGGACUGUACAUGGACCAGAAAAUGUUGCUGGCAUCAAAGUGCUGUGACCAGACGCACAGUGCCAAGCAGAGGGGCGAGAGAGGGCAGGGGUUGAGAGACAGUGAGGAUGAAAAAUAUUUGGUUGGGGGUUUAGCUGGUGGACCCAUGCUAGGCAAAGGUCCAGAUGGCCUUAAAGGUUGCUGCCCCAAACCUGUCCUGUCCUACGUGGAGAUGAGUGAGGGGGGAGAAAGGGGACAGUGUCACGGCGUGAAGGUAGUGCACGGUGGCAUGGUGGACCAGCACCAGGUCUUGAUGAAAGACUGUGAUGACAUCAAGUCACCUUCCUCUUCCUCUUCUUCAUCAGUCCACAACCCAAACAGUCAGACAGAUCUGGACUCAAAUGUUUCAUAUUCCAGUCCCUCAGACAGCCAGGCCUGGGCUCAUUGCCUUGCUCACAGCAAAUACUCAGAGCUACAACAUGCGGAGGAGGCCGAGGAAGGUGAAGCAGACAGGGCAAAAGAGUGGGGCUCUUCUGUGGAGCCUGCUGGUGCCAAGAUGACCUCAGGAGAAAGAGGUGUUGGCGGAGAUGCUAAGAAAGCCAGGGUCCAUGAUCUCCCGCCCGCCAUCGACGUGGAGGAUUCAGACAGGCUGGAUGGGCUAGAUGAUCAAGGCCAGGAACCAAUAGGAGGGCUGGCAGAGGAGUCCCAGAGUGUCCGAUCGGCGGUGUCCCCUCCCAUGGCCCCCCAGCAGCCCUACAUCCAGUACCAACACUCCUCCUACCCGCCCUACCUGGCAAUGUGUGAGAGCGCAGGGGGCUCCUACAGAGGGGUUUCCCCAACACUGGUCCACAAUUACCCAGGUUUCCACUACCCUCUGUACGGUAAGACGGCAGGCAGGGAGGAGUCGGAGGUGACUCCGCCUGGCAGGGGAGGAGCCGUGAGCAGCAAGCAGAGCGGAGACUCGUCCUCGUCCUCUGCCAUGGAGCUGCUGCAGCAGCAGAGCCAUCAGUACCACGGGAAAUCCCCUGCUCCCGGUGAGAAGGGCUCCCCUGAGGGAGAGAGGGAGACGGAGCGAGAGAGGAACCAGAUGUCAUUCGCCCGACACCUCCACACACACCAUCACACACAUCUGGGUAUGAGCUACAACCUGAUCUCAGGACAGUACGACAUCUACCAAGGGUUGAGCUCCAGGUCGCUGGUCUCCAGUCAGCAGGCGUCAGGACACUCCUCUACUGAGAGCGAUGGGAAGAAGUAGGUCCAUGUGAGAGGCCACAUCUCACAUGAGGAACGGCAGAUUGAUCAGACAUCAAUUCCAUGGUGUUUAAUAAGCUUCGCCUCGCUGAGAGGCAGAGAACAAAAAAAAAACUCUCAUUUCUUAAUAAUGAAAAUCACCUGUUUUAUGACGUCAUCGAAGAGCAGGCAACAGGAAAGAGAGCGGGAUCGGGAGGAACAAUCUGAACGAAUGCAGAUCACUGACUUUUGAAGCUUUCAGUUCUGCAGCAUUUUAGCAGAAGCAGCGGCGCAUAUAUAAAACACCGGGCGCUGUGCAACAGCCCAUCUGAAGCUGUAGCUUCAUAAAAUGCACAGUUAAGGUAGUGUAUAAUGAUGAUGAUAUGACUGAAUGUACUGAAGAUGACUUGCUUUAUCCCAAGAGUGUUGAUUGUUUUUUUUAAAACUCCUAUUGGGAAACAGCAUUAGGAAGCUAAAAAGUCUAUUAUUAUCCUUAUUAUUCUCAUUCUGAUUAUUGAAGUGGUCCUCUUCCCUCCAUAGUGCUGACGCUACAUUUGUAUUACUAACCUGUACUUGAGCGUAACCAUGUUGAUUGUAUUGUCUUUAUGUGAGAGUAAACCUUCACAUCGACCUGCCCAGUGCCAUGUAGGAACCCAGUGGUGUAUAUAUUCUGUACAGACUCAUGGCAGAGCACUAACACGCUUUAUGGUACUCUGAGUUGAUCUCCAUCAGCCAUGCAGGGGAGCGGCGGGCGGAGCUAGCAGCAACAGAAACAUUAUUUCUUCAUUAGACGAGUUUAGUUCCUCUUUUGGCGAGAAUGUUUUGCCAAAUGAAAACAAAGUAAUCAAGUAGUUGCCUAAACAGAUGUGGAAAUGGUCAAACCAAAUUGACAGUGAGAAUUGGCUUCGGAAAGCACUGACUAAUUGUAUAUAUUGAAAAUAAUAUGAAGGCUUUGUUGGACUUUUGCAUUGAAGAUUACAGUCUAUACUGUUGUCAAUCUUGGCGCCAAAUUAGGGCAUGUUUUUGCCACAUGACUCCUAAACAAACAGGGCAACUGUGGGAGGAUUUAAAUAGUUACUAGCUUUAAUUUCUAUCAAGUUCUUCUACCUCUGUUUGGGUCAAAGUAGUGUUCAAUAGAUAAAGUAAUGCUUGAAAGAAUGUGACAAAUAUUUAGUUAAUUACUUAAAGGGUGCUUGGAUUGUUAAAUUACCUGUUGGGUUUUUCCUGAAACAGUGACUUAUUUCUUAUUAUAUGACUUUAAUAUGAUCAACACUCAUCAGCAGCAUCUUCAGUUGGAGGUACAACAUGAGGCUGAAUGGAUGAAUACUCAUGAUGGAUACCAUUAACGUGCCAUCUUUGUUUGAACAUGAGACAUGGAUUUCAAUUAUAAUUUUUAGACAGAACACUUUUUAGGACAUUUCCAGUGUUAACAUGAGUGUUUGCUAAUUUUCUACAUCUUUGUAUUUAAAAUAAGCUCUACAACCUACGAUUUACUCAAAACUAAAUGGAAUUUGGUACAUUUGCUCAGGUACAAUAGUGAAUUUAUGACCAAAAAUAAGCUUCAGCAUGAGUACAAAAAAUACUUUGUGUACUCACGUCUUGUUUUUAGGAACUUACAAUGUGUUCAACAUUCUUUAUUCAAUACAUAGUAGAUUGAAGUGUAGAGCAACAGCUGCAAAUUGAUGCGAAAAUAAAAAUAGAAAAUAUAGUAAAAGCUCAAAACCAUUUAUAGUAUAUUGGAACAGAUGGUAAACACUGGAAUUGCCCUUUUAAGUAAAAAUGCUGUCAUGUUUGCAGUCAGUAAUCCACCUUUUUCAGGAGUUCAACAGUCCUUUGCUCCGCCCUUGCUCCCAUGCCGUUUACAAGCUAACUAGCUCACUGCAGAGCCGCUGAUAGACAGAAUGGUCACUUUGUGUCUUUGGUGCCAAAACUAAUCCCGCAUUUUUAGAUCUUUUUUCUUCCAAAUGAAUCACACUUGCCUGUUAGUAAAUCAAAAGGCUGUGUUCAUAUAUUGUGUGUAGCUUUUUGCGAAAAGUUAACGGAGUAAGGAUUCGGUCAGGGGAUGGGUGGGUACAAAACAGGACUUUCACUCUGGGAACCGUGUGAAGCCAGAAGUCAACUAUGAUUUCAUUGGAAAUGUAACCAACCUACUUUAGGAGCCCAACUUUCAUAGUUAUUUAACAGAUGGUUGACGUAUUUGUCACAUACCGUCCGUACAUGAGUAACGCCACUUCCACAGUCAGUGUUACUCAAACCACAAUAUUUUUCUUAAACCUAACCAAGUAGUUUCCCGUAAGGAAGUUGAUUUUGAAAAGAAGUAUGUAAGGAGCGAAAAACGCAAACUUUCAUGCUCUGUUUUCGAUAAUACUGGGAACUAUUUGAUCAUCCUUUGAAACGAUAACAACAGAUCAAACUACAUUUUUUAUAGUUUAAUGACUAUUCAAAUGCAAGACCUAUUCCUAAAAUUGAAAGGUUUUGCUGGAUUUUCAUAAGAAAACACAUGAUAAAUGGGGAUAACUGUUUGUAAGAUUAAUUCCGAACUAUGAUAAUAUGUUUUUUUCAGAGGUAGAGACAUCAGGAAUUUCAUACGAUAUUUCCUAAUGAUUAAAAAUGAUUUAUCAACGUCAAAUUGUCAGGGAAUAUCUACAUGUAAUGAAAUAUUAACAAUUUCUUAGCUUAUUAAAAAUAUACACAUUGUAUCAUUGUGACGACAUGGCUAGCAUGAAUACUCACGAUUUCUAACCAUUCUUCCUAUUUUGCCAAUGUAGCUCAAAGCAGCAUGAAGCAGUGUUCACAUCAUGUGGGGUGAACAUUUUUUAAAGUAUAUACAAGCUAGAAAACUCCCAAUCCCAGUGGCGCAAACUCGACUAUCAGCGGCUCUGCCUCACUUACACAACACCUUACCUGCAUAGUGUCUGAUCAUUCUAUUACUUGAAUAUAGUGCUAUGAACUCUGUUUACAAAAUGCUGUCUUCUUUUGGGAGACACAGUGUUGUCUUAUAAAGGCUGCUUGGUAUAUGUUCAGUUCAUCCACCCGUUGUAUCCAGUUAAUAACACACUGAAAUAGUUUAAACAUAAACCUGCUGUUGCUUUUUUAUACUGUAUAUGCCUUAAUUCAUAUGUUUGGCAAUCAUGAUUAAAGGAUGUUUAUAUAUAU